AGCUUUGUCUUUGGCUCAUUCUUUCCAUUGGUCUUGCCGGGGUGCUUGGCCGAUGCCUCGCAAGCGCAGGACUCGUCUUGCAGUCGCUCCAAUCGCACCGCAGGUGAAUCUUUCAGCCGGGAGCGACGACGAGGAGCGAAACAUGCGCACUCAAGUGUUUGAGAAGACCAAAAUGUGCAAGUUCCACAUCUUGGGUGCUUGCGCCAAAGGCUCAAGCUGCCGAUUUGCGCACUUUCCGUCCGAGUUGAACAAUUUGCCGGACCUUGCCUGCACCAAGUUGUGCAAAGCUCUCAUUGCGACUGGUCUUUGCGACAAUCCUGAUUGUCGCUAUGCACACAGUCACGAGGAGUUGCGCCCUAUGCCAUUUGGACAGAUGGAACGUGAGAAGGAAAAGCGUGCUGCACCGCUCUCAGUGGGAGCAUUGGUUCAUCCUGUCGGCCAGGUGGUGGCACCACCGGUCAGAAAUCCGGCUCCGUCGAUGCCCUUCCAGAAGGGGCUGCAUCGGCAGCCGAUGAUGGGACAGGACACUGGAUACACAGACUUCAGCAGAUGGGAGGCUUUGGGUCAGGAGGAUGCCACCUCAGUUGCAUCUGAUGGCUACCGCCACAUAGGCGACCGCCACCUAGGACUGCUGCAAGUCCGGAGCACGACUCCUCCGCGCAUCCCAAAGGUUUCUUCUGCAGCUGCUCGCUUGUGCUCCAUGGGGCAAGACACAGAGGAGCAGCCAGUGGAGGCUUUGCGAAUGCCUUCGGUCAAUGAACCAGUACAAAUCAACCUGCACUCCUUGCGUUCUUUGAGUGGCAACAACUUGGCGGCCAUGGCAGAGGACACUGAUCGGACGGAUUGGGUUCCACCGCUGAUGCACAGCAGGCACAACUCCCUGGAGUUCCGGGAGAGCACGCUGUCAAUGGCCACUCCGAUGAUGAUACCCCCAGUUGCGUCUGGCCAUAAUCCAAUCUUGGGGGAGACAACUGAGGAGGCAACCAUGCCUACGAUGCCUACAACCACGGUGGAGCAAUUCUGGCAAUCAAGGGAUGAGUCUCACUUCCGUGACUGCACCAGCAAGUUGGAUCCCAACCAGUGGGUGGACCAUACUUACCUCGGUGACAAUAUCAAAGGCUACUCUUCGUGGCCCAAAGGCUUUGAGCAUAUGGAUACUCUUUACCCUGCGACGGACCUUUGCACCGUAGGCUCGCAGUAAGCGCAGUUCAAUUUCGCGCAUCUGCAGCGGGAGGAUGUUGGCAACUGUAGCCUAAGGUACAGCAGUCUGUCAUUCGCAGGUGGCAAAUAGGCAGAGUCUCCCGCAGUUUUACCGCCUCUUGACGGAUCACCAC